AUGGACAAUCAGAGCUGUGCAUCUGAGUUCAUCCUCUUGGGGCACCCCAGCUGGACAGAGAAACAGGACCUAUAUUAUGCCCUUUUCCUGACCAUGUACCUGACCACUGUGCUGGGCAAUCUGCUCAUCAUCCUGCUCAUCAGACUCGACUCCCGCCUCCAUACCCCCAUGUACUUCUUUCUCAGUCACCUGGCUCUCACUGAUGUCUCUUUCUCUUCAGUGACAGCCCCAAAGAUGCUCUUUAAUAUGCAGACACAGAGCCAAUCCAUCUCCUAUGCGGGGUGUGUUUCCCAGAUGUAUUUCUUUAUAUUUUAUGCUGAUGUAGACAGUUUCCUUCUCACCUCCAUGGCCUAUGACAGGUAUGUGGCCAUCUGUCACCCCCUCCACUACACCACCAUCAUGAGUCAGAACCUGUGUUUCCUGCUGGUCACUGUGUCCUGGGUACUAUCCUGUGCUAGUGCCCUUUCUCAUACCCUGCUUCUCAUCCGGCUCUCUUUCUGUGGAGACAACGUUGUCCCCCACUUCUUCUGUGACCUCUCUGCCUUACUUAAGCUGUCCAGCUCAGACACCACAGCCAAUGAUCUGGCUGUCUUCACUGUCGGUACACCUGUGAUCACCGUACCGUUCAUAUGCAUCCUGGUCUCGUAUGGCCGCAUUGGGGCCACCAUCCUGAAGGCCCCCUCUGUAAAGGGAAUAUUCAAAGCCUUUUCCACAUGUGGGUCACACCUCACUGUAGUUUCUCUUUAUUAUGGAUCAAUUAUUGCACUGUACUUUUUUCCCUCAUCCAAUGACUCUAAUAACAAGGAUGUCAUAGUGACUAUAUUGUACACCCUUGUUACUCCCAUGUUGAACCCUUUUAUCUACAGUCUGAGGAAUCGAGAUAUGAAAGGAGCACUAAUUUCUUUAUUGUGUAAUAAAAAAUGCUUCUUAAAUAUAUACAUUUCAGGGCCAAGUCUGGUGCCAGCAGCAGUGGUAAUUCCAGCUCCAAUAGUGUAUAUUAAAGUUGCUGCAGUUAAAAAGCUCAUAGCUGUAUCUUGGGAGCCGGUGGGCAGUUCGCUGAGAGGUGAGCCACCGCACAUCCCUGCCCCUAACCUCUCAAUGCUCUUAGCUGAGCAUCCUGUCGAACUGUUUACUUUGAAAAAAUUAGAGUGUUCAAAGCAGGUCCAAGCCGCCCUUGAUAUUGCAGAUAGGAGUAAUGGAACAGGACCGCGGUUCAAAUUUGUUGGUUUUCAGAACUGA